CCCAAUUUACGCAGAGUACCCGUUUAUUCAGGGCUUAUUUCGUUUUUUAACGAAUAAAGUAAAUAUAGGCGUUUGGGAAAUAAAUAGCCCACAAAUCGGGCUGGCUUACUUAUAAUGCCGUGGAAUAAGGAAGAGCUCUUAGAGGAGAUUUCGCCCUUUUUUGGAGAAAGUAAUCGCCGGACAAACCGCCCGAGUUCACUGACCACCAGCCAGACUUUGUGAGCAGACCAGACUACAUUUAAGGAGGUUUCUAGGCUACCAUUGCUAUCUGUGGUCAAACUAUUAGAUCAUUAUAGUUUGGACUUGUCCGUUGUACGGCUUUAUACAUGGAGUUGAAGUGUUAAUUAGACUGUAUAUAUUUUUUCUUUUGGAACAACCCAACCAAUUUUCAAUUAAAAGGAAGACUUAUUUUCUUUGAUGACAUGGAGGUGAUUAUCUUCUGAGUGGCUCUUGUCAUGGAGGUAAGGAAGCUGUGAGAUGCUUUAUUUGUGGUUCAUGAUGAAAUAGACUUCUUUAGGACCAUGCAUUUUUCUCCGGAUACCUUUUUCAUCUGCCAUCAAAUGUAGGACUGUUACUUCUUGCAGUUAUGGACAUAGUUCCGUACUUCCCAGUCUGCACAUGGAGCUGAAGAAUCAUCUUUAUGUUUAAAUCUUUUUAUUUUUGACUAACUUUGACCUUGGCCUUGAAACUUUGUAUAUCUGCGUCAAAUAAGGAGCUAGGGUUGCGUAAUAUUGUUACACUGACGGUUACACUCCAAACGUCAUAGAAGGCUGCAAUGAAUAUUUUCGAGUCAUCCCAUCAGAAGAUGUAUUGUGCAGUCCUAGAAACUACCCCAUACUUCUGAAAUCCGCAUAUGCAACGUGUUAAGCUGAAUCAUGUGUGCACAGCAACUGGUGCUAAGGCAGAGAACAGAACUGUUGGGGGCACUGUGCUGUGGUGGCACCGCAGAACCUUUGGAUUGUGUGCUUGACCUGCUGCUGUCCUGGGACGUCCUCAUUUGGGAAGACUACCACAAUGUCCAGAGUAUCAGUAAGCCCCUUUGCUCCAGAACCAGAGAUCUUCUGGACUUGGUGUACACCAAAGGAGAGGAGUCUUGCAGUUUGCUACUGGCGGCUUUUGAUCAAGUCUUACCUGAGGCCCAGAAAGCCGGACUUUGCUUUGGGAAAGCUCAUUCAAAGCCAAGGGACAUCAAGAAGACUCCAACGAGCGCCAGUGAGGCUUUGUUGAUUGACAGACCAGCGUUGGUAAAGAAGAUUCGGGACCAUCUUGAUGGGGUGUUGGAUGCUCUGGUGGAAGCUGGUUGCUUUACUUCACAAGACUUUGAUGAAGUUCUGUUACCCGUGUACACAAGCUCACAGAAGGUUAGGAAGCUGUUAGACCAAGUAAGGUUCCGAGGCGAGGGUGCUGCCAAGACAUUACUUCAGUAUCUACAGCACAUAGACAGCAAGCCACAGAAUGUGAAAGAGGAAAGGCAACUCUGGAAGGAAUGCUUUGAUUACCAGACGAAGCUUCGCGGCUCUGUUAAACUCCAGUCACAAUCUCUCAGCACAUAUGUUGUAACAGGAAGAUUUUCUUUAGAGAAUAUCUAUACUGAUGGCCUUCUUGAAGUGGUGCAAAAAGACAGAGAGGUUACGGCUCUGGGGCUGCAGGAUGUGCUGGGUCUGCUUGGGACUAUUAAUGAGGAAGCAGAUACAAUACUUGUUUCUGGCGAAGCCGGUACUGGUAAGAGUACCUUGCUGCAGAGGCUCCAUCUACUGUGGGCUCAAGGUACCUUGUCGACAGACAUACUCUUGCUGUUCCCUUUCAGCUGCCGUAAACUGAAUGCUGAACAGAGGAUACUCUCGUUAAAGGAACUCCUGUUCCUGCACUGCUGUUGGCCGGACCGGGGUCAAGAUGAAAUUUUCCAGUUUAUUCUUGACCACCCUCACCAUGUCCUUUUCACCUUUGAUGGGCUUGAUGAGUUUAGGCAGAGCUUCACAGAUGAAGAGCGCCAUUGCUGCCCCACACAGCAAGCACCAGUACACAUUUUGCUUUUCAACUUGCUUCAGGGUACCUUAAUGAAAGGUGUGAGGAAGGUCAUAACCAGCAGGCCCCAUGCAGUGAGUCCAUCUCUGAAGCAGUAUCUUCGCAAGGAAGUCCUGGUCAAGGGUUUCUCUCCUGUGGGAAUCGACCAAUUUGUAAGGAAACACCACAAUGACACCAACAUAGCUACUCGGGUUGUAGAAGCCCUCAAAGCUAACACAGCCCUACUUGGGCUCUGCCAUAUUCCUGUCUUCUGCUGGAUUAUAUCAAAGUGUUACAAAGAGUUGCUGGGAUGUGGGGAGGGCAGCCCUCAGACAGUCACUGAUGUGUAUCUCAUGGUUCUGAAGCAUUUCCUCCAGAAGCAGGUGCCUCAGCAACACAGGACUUUGGGACAGAUAUGGCUACAGCAACAUAUAGAGAUGGUGAGAAGACUAGGACAGUUGGCACUGGAGGGUUUGGAGACUUCCUGUUACUUAUUCACAGAGUCAGACUUGCAGAAAUGUAGUAUCACAAAGCAGGACAUCGAUCUGGGAUUUCUUAUACAAUGUAAGGACUUCUCAGACCAUACUGACUGCAAACACUAUGAGUUCCUGCAUAUCACCAUGCAGUGCUUUUUUGCUGCUCUCUAUAUUGUUCUCAACAAAAACGGCAACUACUCUGUCAUCUUAAAUCUCUUCCAGUCUCAGAGCAAGCAGCCAGCACUUUUUAAUCACACAACCUGUUUAGUACAUUGCAUGAAACCUGUAGUUGAUGACUACAGUGUAGCAGAGACCCCAAAUCUGCAAAUCAUUUCAGAGUUUGUUGCAGGACUUCUGUCCCAGCGCUGUCGCAAUCUGCUUGUACAGUCCUGUCCGGCUACCUUGCUCGAGAAGAAGUCCAAGCAAGUCAUGAAAUGUUUGUCCAAGGGGUUACAGAAACAUUUCAAAUCAAUUCCGCCACCGGUGAAGGGUGAAAAGAAGAGCAUGCAUGCCAUGCCGAGUUUUGUUUGGCUCAUUAAGUGCAUCUAUGAGAUGCAGGAGAGUGAGAUUGCUAAGGAUGCAGUGGCCAAACUAGAAGUCGAGCACUUCAAGUUAAUAUACUGUAAUAUUGGGCCAGUGGAAUGCACUGCUCUGGCUUACGUACUCAGGUACCUACAGAAUCCUGUCGGAAUACAGCUGGACUUUAACGCCGUGGGGGAUGUGGGACUGGAACAACUCCUGCCAUGUCUUCAUAUCUGUCACUCCCUCUACUUGAGGAACAAUAACAUAUCAGAUGAAGGAAUACGCAAACUUGUUGAGAAGGCAGUGCACUGGGAAUGCUUCAAGAAACUAGCGCUGUUCAACAACAAUCUAACAGAUGACUGCACGAAGUAUUUUGCACAGCUGCUUAAGACAAAGAAUAACUUCCUUGCACUAAGACUUGGAAACAAUAGCAUCACAUCACAGGGGGCUGAGCAGCUGGCAGAAGGGCUGAGGUGCAACACGUCACUGAAGUAUCUCGGGUUAUGGGGAAAUAAGAUCAGAGACAAAGGCGCUGAGGCUUUAGCCAACGCUCUGAAAGAGAGCACUUCGCUGAUAUGGUUAAGCCUGGCGGAUAACGGAGUAGGAAGCGCAGGAGCAUGUGCCUUAGCAGAGCUUGUCAAGAGAAGCACAACACUUGAGGAGCUCUGGCUGAACCAAAACCACGUCAGCAGGGACGGGGUGGAGCAUCUAAUCGAGGCUUUGAAAGUCAACGCUACUAUUAAGGAAGUGUGGUUGAGAGGAAACAGCCUGAGCGCAGAGGAGGUGAAGGAAUUUAGUGAGCAAGAAAGCAGACUGAUCUUCUGAGGGCGAAAGGAAAGCAUUAUUACUCAAAUACUGUGAUUUGUGUGCUGUUUAGCUGUUUCAUUAAAAAUGAUUUCUAUUUAUGUAAUAUAAAAAGCAUGUAUUACACCAUUCAAAAAAAAAAAAGCAUUACCCCACCUCAGGAAGGUUUCCUUUUUUUUUUUUUUUCAAUUUACUUUUAAUUCUUAAAUGAUUAAUGGGGUUGAAAGUAAUAUAUAUUUU